AUGAGUGCAUUGGGAGAGCUGAAUUCCUUUUUGGGUUUACAUGUUCGUAAAGAUUCCAAAGGAAUUUUCAUUCAUCAAGGAAAGUACAUUGACGACAUUAUUUCAAAGUUCAAACUUCAGGAUGCGAAACCUGCAAAUACUCCUAUGGCAGAAAUACCAGUGCUGACCGAAGAUCUGGAAGGGGAAGCUAUUGACGAGACACUGUACCGGUCGAUGAUUGGAUCGUUAAUGUACUUGACGUCCAGUAGACCAGACAUCAUGUUUAAUGUGUGUCAGUGUGCACGUUAUCAGGCUGCUCCUAAACUUUCUCAUUUAAAUGCUGUUAAGAGAAUCUUUCGAUAUCUCAAGGACAGGCUUCAGCUUGGACUUUUGUAUCGAAGGGAAUCUCCAUUUGACUUGUGUGCUUUCUCUGACAGCAAUUUUGGAGGUACAGGUAGGGACAUGAAGUCCACAUCAGCUGGAUGCCAGUUUUUGGGGGAUCGCCUCAUCUCCUAG